AUGAGUCCGAGAUCGAGCGAUCUCGACGCGCUGCUGAGAGCCUUCCUCUCGACCGUCGCCUCCCUCACCUUCGUUCACAUCGUCGUGUCCAGGCUCCCCAAGAACCUCCCCCGCCUCAUCGCCACCCUCCCCAUCUUCUACCUCUUCUUCCUACUCCCCUGGCUCUUCUCCUCCAUAGCCCACCGCACAAUCUGCGCCUUCUUCCUCUCAUGGAUCUGCAACCUCAGGCUCCUCCUCUUCUGCUUCGACUCCGGCCCCCUCCUCCUCCACCGCCAUUCCCUCCGCCACUUCGUCGCCUUCGCCGCCCUCCCCAUCCAGAUCAGGCAGCCGCACAGCAGACCGAGCGAAGACCAGCAGCACGUGCAGCAGGACCGCCACCAUCAGCAUUCCUGGGGGACGACGCUGCUUAGAGUUGCGCUCGCGCAAUCCAUCACGUUCCUCUCCCUCGCCGCCUUGUCCACCGACUACGCACAGCGGCGGCCGGAGCUAGCCUUCCCCCCGCUCUACACCCUGCUGAUGUUCUCCGUCCUCGACGUCCAUGUGGCCGCCUGGACCGUCCUGGCGCGCCUGUUCCUAGACGUCGAGCUCGAGCCGCAGUUCGACCGGCCUUACCGCUCGACGUCGCUCGGCGGGUUCUGGGGCCACCGCUGGAACCUCAUCGUAGCCGCCACCCUCAAGCCCGCCGUGUACCGGCCCGUCCGGUCCGCGUGCUCGCGCCUGAUGGGCUCCAUGCCGGCGCGCCUCGUGGCGAUUCUGGCGACCUUCCUGGUGUCCGGGCUCAUGCACGAGCUGAUGCUGUACUACCUGAGCAUGGAGUACCCGACGUGGGAGUGGACCGGAUUCUUUGUCCUCCACGGCUUCCUUAUCGCCGGAGAGCUCUGCCUGAAGUGGGCCUUGGGCCCCGUCGCGCUGCCCCGCGCCCUCCAAGUGGCCCUCACGCUGACCUUGCUCUAUGCAUCGGCGGUGUGGCUCUUUUACCCGCCGGUGAUACGGAUCGGCGUGGGCUCGAAGGCCUCGGCUGAGGUCCAGUCCACUUUUGGCGGGCUGCUAAGUCGCGUCUAG